UGAGUUAGCUCCUUGCAGAUGUAGACGGUUACAAACAACGCGCUGGACGUUUCUAUGUCAACAGUCAAAAUGCAGACCUAUAGGUCUAGUAUGCGCGCGGACCGUGGCUGAAUGGAAGGCGCGGGUACGUCAUUGGGUCGUUGCUCCACCGGUUCGCAUGCUGUGUGCCUUCAGAACGAGUUUGCUGUCAUCACCAGCAACAUCAACUCACUGAGGCCUCCCAUUAGCAAAGAUGUCAAACUUCGACCCCAAUGCCAUCCUGCGUGGCGCUCAACUGACACUAGUUGGAGUAAACCGUGCCCUUCAAAACCCAGGUCUAUUCACGUCAGACCACUACCGUCAAGCAGCACUUGCUGUAGCUGCUGGAGUCGCCAUUCGAAUUCUCGUGUCCAUACCUAUCGUUGGUGUACGGGUGCUACUAUGGAUCAUCUCACUGUUCGUGGACAUGAACAAUGUCACCUGGGACGAGAGCGUGGUGGACGGAUUGCACUUCCUUGAGCACACCGUUCUCCAAGUGCCCUUUUUUCUUAUGACCAUGAUGCGCUACAUCACACCUACCUUAGACCGAAUGUUCAUGGACUCCCUUCAGUGGGUUGAUCACACCUAUGUGCAGAAGCACAAAUCCGAAGAUCCGCAAAACCUUCGCGCCAUGUAUGCCCAGAACCUCGACCAAUACCCAACCCACGCGCCGAGAGACCAGAACGAGAAGAAGAAAUCUAUAAAGGACACGGUAGUCUUGAUGGCGGUCAAACAAGGCCGAAAGGCUGGCAUCUCGCUCGCUGUGUUGGCGUUAUCAUAUGUACCUUACGUGGGAAAGUUCGUCCUGCCUGCUGCCAGUUUCUAUACCUUCAACAAGGCUGUAGGACCCCAGCCUGCAGUUGCCAUCUUCGCAGGCUCUCUCCUGUUGCCGCGGAGGUAUCUGGUGUCCUUCUUACAGGCCUACUUCUCUUCCCGCACGCUUAUGCGUGAACUACUCGAGCCGUACUUUGCGCGCGUUCGCUACAACAAAGAGCAGAAGAAGCUAUGGUUCAAGGAUCGCGCUGGUGUUCUUUUCGGCUUCGGACUCGGCUUCUACAUCUUCGUCAAGAUCCCUCUUGUUGGUGUCCUCAUCUAUGGCUUGGCCGAAGCAUCGACGGCAUACUUGAUCACCAAGAUCACUGAGCCACCUCUACCACCGAACGAGGCCGAGAAGUUCAAGGAAGAUUCGCUUCGCUGGAAGAACAAGCACGAGUUCCUGGAAUUGCCAUGGCAGCACAUGGACACUUAUAACAUUAGCAUGCACAAGCCCGGUUCCAAGUCGGACGUUCGCCAAACACCACGAAAGACGUUCAGCUAAACAUGUCGUCCUUCACCAAAGAGGAAGCUGCCGGACACAAAGAGCGCGCUAAACGAGCCAGCAUCCUCUGCCCAAUCAUGAAGCUGCAUGAUGGUGGCAUGGGAAUUGGAAAGGCGUGGCUUGACCCCGCCGGCUCCACUAUGGGGCAAGCUCUUCUCCCAAAACGGUAAACACCCCCUAUCGGCUAUCACCAAGCUUAUCAAACUCCUUGUACUUGUAGGAGCUGGGCGCAGGUCUGGCUGCUUGUCUCCUCGGAAGAAAGCUGGGGUGGACCUGGAUGAGAUAGCAAUCAGCAAUUGAUCGCUUGGAG